AUGGUGGCAGAUGAGGAAGCCGUUGAUCAGAAAAAGUACCUUGAGGAAUCUUGCAAACCAAAAUGUGUGAAGCCAUUACUUGAAUAUCAGGCGUGUGUCAAGAGGAUCCAAGAUGAUGACUCUGGCCACAAACAUUGCACUGGGCAGUAUUUUGAUUACUGGCAUUGUGUUGACAAAUGUGUCGGACCUAAGCUGUUUGCAAAACUAAAAUGA